UCGUGACCGGAUAAAUAGCAGGAAUCGUUAGCCUGUACGGAUACAGGUCAUAUCUCCACACCACACUUCUGGCACGAACAGAAUCUCGAGACAAACCGAGGAAAAUCUUCAAUCGUCAGACUUCUGCUCGAUAGCCCGCCCAGUUUGUCUCCACUCUCCUCCGGUCCGCGAUGGUUAACUCCGGUGAUCCAACGGAGGGGUAACGGCGGGGCACGUCAAACACCCCGCUACCUUGCGGGACGGCGGGAGCAACUCCGAGAUUCACUUGGCCCAGAAAGGGAGGCCGGUCAACUGUCCUGGGAACUCUACAAAAGGGGCUUGGGACCUCCGCCGAACUCCGUCCAAGCGUUCCCAAAACCCAGACCAACCGUCCAGAGAGUACAAGCACCAUGGCGAAGCCCGAUAACCUCCCCCAAAUGGAGUACCGCUUUUUGGGCCGCUCCGGCCUUCAGGUUUCGGCCAUAUCGCUCGGCGGCUGGCUCACCUACGGCGGGCACGUCGACCGCGAGGGUACUUAUGCCUGCAUGAAAGCCGCCUAUGACUGCGGCGUCAACUUCUUUGACUGCGCCGAGGGAUACGCUGAUGGCGAGUCCGAGAAGGUCAUGGGCGAGGCCAUUAAGAAAUUUGGCUGGAAGAGAAAUGACUUGGUCAUCUCGACCAAGCUCUACUGGGGCGAUGCCUUCAGCAACAGCAAGGUCAACAACCGCGGCCUGUCGCGGAAGCACGUCAUCGAGGGCAUGAACCAGUCGCUCGAGAGGCUGCAGCUGGACUAUGUCGACCUGAUCUACGCCCACCGCCCGGACCGGCACACGCCCAUGGAGGAGACGGUGCGCGCCUUCAACCAUCUCAUUGACACGGGCAAGGCGCUGUACUGGGGCACGUCCGAGUGGAACGCCGACGAGAUCGCGCAGGCGUGGCGCUACGCCGACAAGCUGGGUCUAAUCGGGCCCGUGAUGGAACAGCCGAGGUACAACAUGUUGGAACGCAUCCAGGUCGAGCGGGAGUACGCGCACCUGUACCGCGAGGUUGGGCUCGGCCUGACCGUCUUCUCGCCGAUGCGGCAGGGGAUUCUGUCGGGUAAGUACAAGAACGGCAUCCCCGACGGCAGUCGCUUCGCGCAGACGCAGGUCGAGUUCAUCGCCGGCUUCUGGAAGCAGACCGGCAAGGCCGAGUUUCAGGCCAUGGCCGACCUCGUGGCCAAGCUGGAGCCCAUCGCCGAGCGGCUCGGCAUUAAGCAGAGCGUGCUGGCCCUCGCCUGGGUGCUUGCAAACCCCAACGUGAGCUCGGCCAUCACGGGCGCGAGCAGCCCGGCGCAGGUCUAUGAGAACAUGGAAGCCGUGAGGGCAUACAAGUUGUUGACGCCUGAGAUCAUGAAGGAGAUUGACGAUAUCCUCAACAAUAAGCCGCCAGCGGUCGUGAUGAGGUAUUAGUGGAGGAGCGAAUAUAAGAAUAAAUGGAAAUGUAUCAAUUGGAAUGCAAUGCAUUACUAUCGAAAACCGUG